CUUCGUACCGCCAGCAGUACACUUGUCUGCUGCCCGAGAACUUUGUUCCGAAGGGGAGCAAGAAAAAUUCUCAGGUGCCUCCCCGGACCCGGCCCCUCUUCAGGGCGAGAACACGCCCUCCGUCCCGGCCCGCCCGCCUCGAGGCUGAGGUAAUAACCUCGAUUCCGGGGCGGCGGCAACACAGCCCAGGGCGCACGUACCCCCGCUGGCCCGCCCCGCCUCCGGUGCACGCCGCUCCCCCGGCACCCCCGCCAGCCGCACUCCGCAGGGGCGCCUCGGCUCCCGACCGCGCCGGCCUCUCAGCCAGCCUCCCGCCCAUGCUCUCGUCCACCCGAACGGCCCGCCAGCUCUUCAACAGCCUCUUCGCCGUCACGAGAAUGGGUGACUCCGCCUCCAAGAUCGUCAGCUCCCAGGAGGCCUUGCCGGGCCGAAAGGAGCCGAUCGUCGUAGCGGCCAAACAUCAUGUCAAUGGCAACAGAACAGUUGAACCUUUCCCAGAGGGAACACAGAUGGCUCUAUUUGGAAUGGGCUGUUUCUGGGGAGCUGAAAGGAAGUUCUGGACCCUGAAAGAAGUAUAUUCAACUCAAGUUGGUUAUGCAGGAGGCUACACUACCAAUCCUACUUAUAAAGAAGUCUGCUCAGGAAAAACUGGCCACGCAGAAGUAGUCCGAGUGGUGUACCAGCCAGAACGCAUCAGCUUUGAGGAGCUGCUCAAGGUCUUCUGGGAGAAUCAUGACCCGACCCAAGGCUUGCGCCAAGGCAAUGACUACGGCUCUCAGUACCGCUCCGCCAUCUACCUGACCUCCACCGAGCACAUGGAGGUGGCCCUGAGGUCCAAAGAGGACUACCAGAAGGUUCUGUCAGAGCACAGUUUCGGCCCGAUCACCACCGACAUCCGGGACGGACAGACUUUCUACUACGCAGAGGAUUACCACCAGCAGUACCUGAGCAAGAACCCUGACGGGUACUGUGGCCUAGGGGGCACUGGAGUGUCCUGUCCCCUGGGUAUUAAAAAGUAACUUCUCCCCACAUGGUCAGCCCUUGAAAUCACAGCACAAAUGCUUUCAACAAAUCUCACAAUUCCUUUGUGAUUCACAUAAGAGGCUUUUUGAAGGGUGCAAAGGCAUUCAUAAAAAUCUGGUUUAUUGAGGUAUAAUUUAUAUGAAGUGCAGUGGCAAGUUGAUAAUAUGUAGUUUAUCUUCUAAUAAGUUAUGGUGGGAGGAGAGCUGUGAAGUUUUUUGGAUCAUUUGGUGUCUGAAUGAGGAUAAUGAAUAGUCGGGGCCCACCCUUCUCGGGCCUGGGUGUCUGCCAUGGACGCUAGGCAACUAAGCUGGGAGAUUGUUGGAGGGGACAGGGCAUCCUUUAUCUGUGCCCUUUCACACCUCACAAGCCCUCCUGCCCUCCAGUGCCUUAAAAUUUGCAAACAUUUAUAGCUGCCAUGAAUCGUUCACUGAAAUACUUUGCUCAACUGAUCCUAUGCAUGUGUAAGGGGCUUUCUCUCUCUUUCCGGCCCUCCUCGUGGCAGAGAAAAGAUGUGAGUAAGCUUGAUAAAUUUGAAUGCUUUGCUCACAGCUAUGAGAAAUGCUUGUUCUAAUAAAGGUCCACAGUCUAAUAAUACAAACCAUGUGCUGUCUCCUCUGUCUGUUACUUGUUUAGGUAGGAUAUUUCUAAGUAUUGUAAGGUAAAUUUUAGAGCUCUCAAAGAACUCAGGAGGGAAAAAGCCUAAGAAUCAUUAUCCCCCAAGUGGGAAACGAUUGAAAUCCUUAGAAAACACGUACAUCUCUGGCUCUUUACAACUUUAGUAAUAACAGCUAUUUUCCGCACACAUAUUACAACCGUCACAUCAGGGGCUAUUCUAGAUAGAGAACAGAUACCUGGAAUCCCUGCCUUUAAAUGUCUUUAUAUUCAGGACAAGGGGUGGGAUAUACACAAUAAAUAGGUAAACACAUGAAUAAGUAAGAUAAUUGCUGGUCCUGAGAAAUGAUAGGAAGAUGACGAAUGGGAUAAGGUGUUAAGCUGUGUCUGGGGUCUGUGGAGUUGUGUUCAGAGCUGUCUUAGCCACACUGGUCAGCGGAGGCCUCUGUGAGGUGGUGACACAUAAGCUGAGAACUGAAUGAUCUGAAUGAUGCAAAAAGAAACGCUCACAGGAGUUGGGGGAGGAGAGCGGAGCUCUGGGGGCAGGAGAUGGAUUAAGAAAUAAGACAUGGUUCCCCCUGGAUACAGCCCAUUUCUUUCUUUUCCAUCUUGGAAAUCCGCUGUGCCCUAAACACAUCAAGGAUACCUGAGUGGCGUAGGUAUCCCUAAUCACUGUCUGCAUCCCCAUUGUGGUUGCUUAAAGGAAAAACUUUCCAAAUAAAAGGACCAGAAAGUAUAUAUGGCCCACACAGUGGGGAAUUUGUGGUGUUGGAGAAACAGAAAGGCCAGUGGGGCUGGAAUAGUGUGAAUGAGGAAGGUAUUGGGGAGAAGUAUCUCAGAGAGGUAGGAAGAGCCAGACCAUGCAGAGUGUUCUGAGGGCAUGUUAGUAGGAUUAAAAAAUUUUAUUCUAAUUUACCCCUGCCCCAGCUUCUUUCCCCUUUGGUAAUCAUAAAUUUGUUUUCUACGUCUGUGAGUCUGUUUCUGUUUUGUAAAUGAGGUCA